AUGAAAGUUACAAAUAUACCGAGAAGACUUUGGGAGCACAAGAAAAAAUCUGCAUUCGCAUCUCUUAUUGCUUAUUUCAUGGGAUGCAAGAUUCACAAUUGGAAAAGAGAUUGUGAUGUACGGGCUAUAUAUGCUCGAGAAGCUAAGCAAUUUGGCGAUGUAUCGUUAGCUUCAGCAGGACAUUUGCGGCGUGUCACUGUUUUGGUAGAUACAACCCGUGCGAGUGCUUUCGAUAGUUUUAAAAAAAAUGCUUUACCAUUAUUUAAUUUAGCUGGUUUACAAGUGGAUAUAAUCAAGCCUACCGAUAUCUCUGAAUUCAAAACUAUUGCGGAGCAUAUUGACACAGCAGAAUGUGAUGCUCUGUACGUCAUUGGUGGAGACAGUGCUUUAAGCACUGUUUUAAGUGCAGUAUAUCGUCAGAAGAGUGAUUCACCGGUACCCAUUGGUGUUUUUCCAGGUGGUUCUGACAAUCGAUCACUUAUCGGUUUAGCACCUAAUGUAUUUGCACUUCAAAAUGACAUUCGUCCAUACUGUGAAAGUGCUAUGGCUCUUAUCGAAGAACAAAUUCGACCUAUUUAUCUCUCAAGCAUAAGACUUGAAAACUCAGAAAGCAGCACAGAUGACGGAAAACAACCGCUUUACGGUGUAUCAGGCUUGCAUGCUGGUUGGUACGAUAGAGUUGAGACAAACAAAGAUAAAUUAUGGUACUGGGGUGGAUUAAAACGCUGGAUUGCUUAUAUUACAGCUUAUUUACGAUCUUUAAAGCAAUAUCCAGAAGUAGAGCUUAAUAUGAUUUGUGAGGAAUAUUGCGCCGGUUGCUGUAAAUGUCGAUCACAAUCAAAGAUUGAAGAGACAAAACAACGGAGGAAUAGGCAGUGGUGGCAUUAUAUAAUUGGUUCUCGUAACUACACUAGUAUGAAACCAGAAUCAUUAUGGAACGAUAUGAAACCAAAAAUGGUCUACUCAACAAUACAGAACGAGAAUUGUGGGAAAAUUAAAGAAAUGAAAAUUAAAGCAGUCGACAUAGCAUUUGAGAAUGUUCAAGAUCAGAAUGCAUGCGGUAUUCGUGUUCGUAUUGGAGAUGCUGAACGCAGUAGGAUUAGUUUAUUGAUGGAUGGUUGGAAAAGGUGUCAUGCAAAGUUGUUUACAUCUCCCGACACUGGUUUCUAUCAAAACGAUCUUUUUGUUAAAUCGGUAGUUUUAACAUUCAGUUUGCUGCCAGAUGCUUUUAAGAAAAUGACAAUAUUCGGUAAUGAUUAUAAGAUGGAUAAUGACUUAAGGACUCGAAUACUUCUCGAAUCAACUAAUAAAUAUGUCAACAUGUACCUCCCCUCUAAAAUACGGGUACCCUAACAUAUUUCUGUAAAGAGAUCUUGAUACAAGUUAUGG